GGAAAUACCGAGACAGCGGUCACAAGAGGAAGAAGAAGGAGGUGCCGAGUUUCAUCCUGUAUUUACCUUAUUUAUCAUUAAAACACAAACUUCUGCACAUUUUCACAUCGCGCUGAAUUAAAGCUACACUGGGAAAAUAAUAAUAUUCCUGUACUGGAUGUAUUCUGAGGACCAGACGAUUAACUGAAGGCUAUUAUUGAGUGUUUUGGCUUCCUUGGCUUGUAUUUUGAGUGGCAUUUACUUCAGCAGCAUUUUGAGGCAUAACUGAAUCCACUGAACAUCCACUUGGCUACACGUAACGCAAUACACAGUGGCCCACUGCUGAGGAUGCCAGGAGUAAGGCUGAGGUAUGGAUCAUUUUUUGAGUGGCCUUGAUCACGGAAAUAAUCCGUGGUAUGGAGCACGUGGAACUGUAGCCUCUCACGAGUUUGCCAUCGGUAACAGUUCAUUUCAGUUGAUCCCAAUCCCUGGAAAUACCACCAGCCAUACAACCACUAACCACAGUGUGUACACAAGUACAAGUCAAGCAAACUCACAAUCUGCCUUUCGGCCCCCUGUUGAGUCUCCGAAAGUCAAGUCUGAGAAAGAUGAUGAUGACAGAAGUGACACACCAUCCCCAUCAGUAGCACUGACACCACUCUCUACCAACAUGGCCCAUAAUAGCAAUAAAGCUAAGGCUGCUGGAACUGGACGUUGGGAUACUAAGAAAGUUUGUAACAUUUGUGGAAAAGUUCUGUCUCGAGGUGACAAGCUGAAGAAUCACAUCCGCACCCACACCAACAACUUUCCUUUCCAUUGUGAUACAUGUGGCCAGGGAUUCCUCCGCUCUGAGGGGCUGCGUGUGCACACUCGGAUCCACACAGGAGAGCGCCCUUAUGUCUGUAUUGUGUGUAGUAAGGGUUACACUAGAAAGGACAAACUUACUAGGCAUGCUGUUGUCCACACAGGGGAGAGACCUUUUGUGUGUCAGCACUGUGGAAAGUCCUUUACUAGGAAGGACAAACUGCAACGUCAUGAGAUGAUUCAUAGAGUGGACAAGCCCUUUACAUGUGUGCCAUGCAAUUUAGAGUUUGUGCGUCAGGAAACAUUCAAUGCACAUAUGGAAAGAAAACACCCUGAACGCCUCCCUUACACUGUAUUUCAACAACCUCGCUCAGGCAGCCCAUCCUAUAAUCCACAGGGCCUCAAUCUCUCAGGUUUGUCGGAUACUAAAAGUAACAAUGGCAGCAAUACCAAAGUGUCUGUUGCAAGUAACAAUAAGGUUGGAACCACAUUAGCUUCAACGAGCAGUGGAUCGUCUCUCCUGAGUGGAACUUCGGUUAGUGGUAGUGGCAAUGGUUUGGCAGCUGGGCAUUCAAUCCUAGGUGGUACUUCCCUCCUCAGUGGCACUUCUCUCUUCAGUGGCACAACAUUAUCAACUGGAGUCUCACAACCUGGUAAUAGUGGAGCUCAUGUUGUAUGAACUUGAGGAAUUUAACAAAAAAAAAUGAAUCUUGCUAAAGCAGACAUUCAUUUGAUAUAGAAAAUUAUGAUAUGUAUAAGUUUAAACCUCUAAGUACGCAUUUAGAUUUUUAUACUAAUAUUUCCAUAUUCUUUUGGAUUAAAAAGGACUUCAUUUAUCCAUAGCAUAUAUACAGGGUGCCUUAGAAGGAAAGUCAUAUUUUAGAUAUGAAACAUUGUCAUUCUAAGUCAGAAAUAUUGUAUGGUCAUAUGCAUUUAAUGCCAUUGUUAGCAAGUAACAGGAUAUUUUGAUAGAACACACUAAAAAUUGACAAGGGAGAUAGGAGAGGGCAACAGUGUAUGAUGUUAUCAUAUUGAGGAUCUUACUUGAUACAUUUCAAGGUUUUCAUAGAUGAAGAUAUAAUCAUAUUCAAGAAUGCAGUGUAUCAUUGUAGUAAAUAAUAGCUAAAACAUUGGGAAUUCCAGAUGGCAAUAGCAGUUAAAAGGAUAUUGCAGGACAGCUCUAGUGCAGACACUUGACAUUGUUGUGCUUUGAACAUCAGUAACUUCCAAACAUGACAUUGAAAGCAUUUGGCCAUAGAAUGUUUCUGACUUAUAAUGACAAUGUUUAUUUUCUGAGAAUAUAUGACUUUCCUCCCAUGACACUCAGUAUAUUAUACCAUCUUCCUAUUACAAGUGACAUAUUCUAUAUGGGGUGGGUUCUUAAAGUUUUAAUGUUCAAAUUAAUCCGGUGUUUUUAUAAUAAUCACUAAAGUUUUAUGACCCACAUAAGAAAUUAGAUGUAAAUGUUCACUAGAUCAUCAAAAGUCUUGUGGGUUUCAAUUGAAACACCUCAAUUGGACUUGUUGGAAGUUUUUUUAUUUUUUUUUUUUUAUUUAUUUUUUUUUUCUCUAAGAUAUAGUCAUAAAACUUAAAUACUUUAUAUGUAUUUGGUGUGUCUCCUCGCAUAUUGUAUCUCUUCAACAGCAUACUCGUAGCAACAACAGUUCAUUACUUUAUCAUCAUUUUGACAGUACUUUUUAUCAUCAUGCACUAAUGACAGAUUAUAUUGACAUCUCAUUUUUUCAUUAGUUAUUAUUAUUAUUAUUAUUAUUAUUAUUAUUAUUAUUAUUAUUAUUAUUAUUAUUAUUAUUAUCGUUAUUAUUAUUAUUAUUAUUAUUAUUAUUAUUAUUAUUAUUAUUAUUAUUACUUAACAAUUAUUCUUUUUUUUAUAGUAAGCAUACUCACUUACAGUAAUGUAUGUUCGCAAACCACUUUCUUUGUCAAGCUGCAAGUUCUCAAGUCAGUGUAGGUCUUAUAUCUUUUUUGUCCUUGGACAUAGACUACAGUGUGAAAGGAGACAAGUCCAAAUUUAUUUUUUGUGGCCUUGGACACCAUUGUAAGUCCUCUUGCUUCAGAAUUGAGCUCACAUUGUACUACACAAAACAUUGAAUAUUAUCACUCAAACAGUGGCAUGAUUUUAUAAUAUCCAGUAGACUGAAAUGCUUAAAUUAUAUGUUUGGGAAUCAUGUUUUUAUAUAAGUAAUCAACAUUCAUUAGUAAUAUGUUUAGUUUUAAAUUUUGGUGUUAUGUUGCCUUGUCCUGUGAGGAUAAUUUGGUUCUGUUUAUCUGUUUAAUCUCCAAGAUGUAAAUAGGCUGACCAUCAAUACUGUAACAUCAUUGGUUCUAGAACCAUGCCAAAUUAACUAUUUUCUUGGACUGAAUCUUGACACUUGUAAUACACCUGAUAAAUCUAAAAAGACUGAAGUGGUAUGAUUGGUGUGCCAAAGAAAGUUUUUCAGUAAAAUUGAACAGCCAUUGUGUUAAAUGUAAGUCAAAUAAAUGUCACAAGACAGAAAAUAAGUAUAGUGAACUUAAUGUAUUUUGCUGCUUCGUCCUCAUUUAGAAACAAACCUUAUUCAUUGAAAUGCCAUUCUCUACAACCACCCUUUGGUAAACUCAGUGUUGUGAACCAAGCUCUCCAUAUAAAAACAAAGUACCUCAAUUACUGAACUCUUCCCUUUUUAACAAAUUAAAAAAAUUGAAAAUGGUAGUCUGUGCUAUUGCAUGCCGAAAGCAAAUCAUCAGCUUGCCACAUUUGGCACACUUGCCAACGGUUUUCCAUCCCUGCCCUAGCUCAUGGAAGGAAUUAAUGUCGUAAUCUGGACUACCACUGUACUAAAAUACAAAGCAAAAGCUGUCAUAUAUGACUAGAUUAUAAUUUUCUUAAGUAUCUUCUUUUUAAUGUAUUUGGAGGAAACAGUGGGUAAAACAAUAAUUUAAUCUUUGAAAUAAGUUGAAUGUGAUCCCAUUGAAGAUCUUCGAUGUAAAUUAACUACUUUUCACACUCGGUAAUCUCGUGCUAUCUGUGGCAGAAAGGACAUAAAGAAAAAAAAAACAUUGCAGCCCAAUUUUUGCAACAAUUUCACUUUUCUUUUAUUAUUGUUUUAUGUUUGAACAUUUUGUGCCACAGUUUCUAAUUCCCUCUUAUGAAAUCAUAACUAUUAUGACAUGGCAGUCAUUAAUAAAAGAUAUCUGAAUAAAAACAUUUCUAUUCAGCACCAGUCUCACUCACACACACACACACACACAUAUCAUGUAGUGUAGUGGUUAACACACUCGACUCACAACCAAGGCGUUCUGGGUUUGAGUCCCAGGAAGCAGCAAGGCAAAUGGGCAAGCCUCUUAUGUGUAGCAGUAAAUAGGUACAGGAUGUAACUCGAAGGGUUGUGGCCUCACUUUCCUGGUGUGUGGAGUGUGUUGUGGUUUCAGUCCUAUCUCAAGAUCGGUCUAUGAGCUCUGAGCUCGCUCCGUAAUGGGAAGGCUGGCUGGGUGACCAGCUGGUGACCGAGGUGAGUUACACUGUAAGGCUCCUUAAAUGGAUUGGCAGUGCAAUGCAGUAUCCUUCCCACUCUCAAAAUUAGUUCUGGAUAUAUUUGCCCAUUUCUUUAUUAACAUAUUCUACAGACAGAGCAAUAAUAAUUCAUUAUAUUAUAGGUCAAUACAAGUGUUGAUGCAUCAAAAAUAGUAAUAUGGAAGUGGACUGUAGAACUUAUACAGUUGGCCAUAAGGAACAUUUUGCUAUUUUGUUUGUAUUCAUUACUCUUUGUUUUCCUACUCCAUUUCUAUCAUAAUGUAUUCUACAAACAACAGAGUGAUAAUAGUUUGGUAAGAUAACUCCGUACAGAUUGAUAGUACAUGAUUCAUUAUACAGUAUGCUGAAUGUAUGAAUUAUCUGUUAGGAAUUUUAAUGUCCUCUCCUCACUAUAAUGCACAUGCACAAAGGUGUCUUCCAAAAUAGUUUUGACAGGUAAAUUCACACAACUGUGGUACACACCAUGCUGAGUUUAUAACGCCAUCUGCAUGCAGUGAAUUAAUCACAUGGUCAGAGUAGCCACAGCAUGCUCAAAAGAUAAAGAAUAUAUCCAGCUGAAAAUAUCAGAUUAAAUGAGGUUCUAGAUUAUGUGAUGUCAGAGUUAUCAGUGGCCAACUUGUGUUUGAUCAGAUAUACUUUUCAAGAAGUCAAAUUUAGUGUUUAAUGCACAAUAUUAUACAAUUAAAAGCUGUCAUAUUGCAGCUCAAAAUUUUCUUGCCUUAAAACUAUAAAAGUAAUUGCAAUUGCUUUCCUUUCUUUGUGAAAGCUUUUUGUGUUGCCUCAGAAGUAGUUAUGUGGUUGUUAGAACAAAUUCAGCAUCAUGGUUACAAGAGGGAUAACUAAAGCACCUUAAUUUGAUUAAGAUUAUCUACUUAAUACUUUUUUAAUCUGUUGCAGCUCAUAGAUUAUAUUGACACUCAUAUGCAAAAAUAAUUUGUAAAUGAAAAGUCAGAUGUUAGCGGUGAGACAACUUUAGGAAAAGCAAGUGUAGACUUUUAUCAUAAGUCAAGUGACAUAUCUUCAGUAUAAAGAAGUGUUGUAAAGCCAGUGAAGAAAUUAUAUGAAGAUUUUUUCAUUAAGACCAUUUAUAUUGAUUUUGUUGAUAAAUAUACAAAACAAUAAUAGUUAAAUGACACUAUAUUUUUGUUAAAAAAUCAGGUAUUAUGUACUGUACAUAUAUAAUAUGCAUAAUUAUGGUAAACUGAGAAAACAUUUCAGUAUGUCAAAUAUGUUAUUUGAGAAUCUUGGAAGUUUUUCAGUAUGCAUAUGGAUAUUGUGGUGUGAGCAAAUUUCAUAUGAACAUAUUUGGGCUGAACUAAAACAUGACAAAAGAAUCAAGCUGGAUUCUACUACACUCCUUUUUAUAUUAUUUUGUUUAUAUUAACUACAAGCAAUUUAUUUAUUAGGAAGGAAAUUGCAGGUGAUUAACAAAAUGAUUUUAUGGAGCAGUUUUCUCAGAACUACUCCUGUUAUUCAUAAAACUCUGUAUUCCUACUUUAUAGAUUUACAAUGUGAAGACAUAAAGGACAAGUAUGAACUGGUAUAAUAGAUUAAAUUUUGGGUGAACAAAGAUAUAUUAAAUUCAUGUUGAGCAAAGAUGUAAGAUGGCUAAGAACACAGGAUCUAGCAAAUUUUAUAUAUAAUGUAACUAAUUUUAACAUACUCUAAGAAACUUUUUUUCAGCCAAAGACUGAAAUAUUAUUUGAUCUUGUCUUUCUGUAUUUCUAAAGAUUUAUUCAUGAUGAUUAACAUACCAAAAAUCAAACAGUAUUGAUUAGGGGAAUAGAAUCUGCUACCAAUGCUGUCACUAUUACAGUAGAUGAUGUGGGUAUUAGGGAAGAAUAGAAGGAGCAUUGUAGUAAUAGCAAGACCAGUUCUGCAAUACCAUUGAAAUUGAUACUGUCAAGAGUUCCACAAAGAUAUUUAGAACCCUGUGGCAUUCUAUUAUGCAUAAUGCAUUGUGCAUUUCUAGAAGGCAUCCUGGAAGCUUAAGAUCAAAUCCCAUGUGUAUAUUUUAAAUAUAAUGAUUAUAAAGUUUCAUGUGAAUUGGUGUUAGUAAUUAUGUACAUUUUGUGCCUAUAAUGGGGAGUUUUAAAAAACAAUCUGCCAGAUGUUGAUACUGCAUGUCCUCUAGUGGCAUGAGCUAAAAUAAUGUUAUUGUAAAGGUCAUACAGGUGCAUAGAACACUGCUUAUUAUGAUACUUUUGAAAUUUUGCAUUAACUUUUAAAUAUCUUGUAUAAAUAAUUUUAAGGGGAGUUUGUUAAAACAAAAAUGCUUGUACUUAAUUUCAUAUCUUGUACAUAAUACUGUAAUUAGCAUUUGAAGUACAGCAUAUUACAAUUCCAAAAUCU